CCUCACUGAAAUUGGCAUGAGCAAUUACAAGCAACUAGUCAAGAGCUUGGCCAAUGCCUUGUCCCCGGCGGGUCUUGCUGUUAGCCAGCCAUUCCCUGUACAACGAUACAAUAAUGAUCCCGCCUGCUCUCCAUAUCCCCUACCGACCUUUGAUCGCUCUCAUUCCACACUAGCCAUUCUCGUCUACAAUAGCAAAUCUAUUUGGGACCCGUUCAUUGCGUACCUGGCACAAGACCCGGCAUCUCGACUAGAAGGCACCUCAAAUCCCCUUGACGACUAUGCAGCCAAAACUAUUGAAUCUGCAUUACUGAAUACUGUCCCAUCCAAAACACAGUAUCUGAUCCGAUAUCCGCACAAUACCGGCAAGGAAUUUGUCCAUUUCCAACGUCUUUGUCAUUUAUCGGGCACAGCCUAUCGUAAUCCAAACUGUUUUCUGUGCGUACACCCCAUACAUGGUCCCUGGAUGGCGUUGCGAGCCGUCAUUGUCCUUGACAUGGAUGGUCCCUCUCCAGAUGAAGCGUUUGAGGAGCCAACCAAUCCGUAUCCGGAGGGCGACGAGGCCGUUCGUGAAAGAUGCAGCAAGUUACAACAGGAAGUAGAUGUAGACGCUGCUCCGAUAGCAGUAGCAUUAAAUAGACGGUGGCACGAACUAGUAGAGAUACGGGAUCUGGUCGGGGGAUUCUUGGGCGACCGUGUUGGCAUCCAUCGGUAUGACGAAUUGCAGCUAAAUUAUCAUUAUUCAAAGGAGAAAAAAUAUCUUCGGGAAGCAGUGGGCCAGUUGAACGAAAGACAGAAUUAACCCUUUUCGGUGAUAGUAUUUACAAUUGUUGGUUUGGGUACCAUGGGCAUUUCCUGUCAUCCCAGUUAACCGCAUUAAGCAGACCAUCGUAGAAAGAGCUUCUGCCUGAGCAUAUAUGCAAAAGAAAAAUAUGGAACAAUAGACUAUUACGAAUUAAAUUAUUCUACACACAAUUAUU